AUGCCGGCCUUAGUUGCCAUCUGCUCCAAAGGUGUCGCCAAGGCGGGCAAGUCUGUUUUCAAGUUCCAGGGCAAAGACUACGACGUCAAACUCGACAAGCCGUUGGAGACCAAGGUCGAUCGAGGCCCGUCCAAGCCCACGAGCAAAGCACCCGAUAAGCCCGCAAGCUGUAAGGGCAAGCGCCUCGAGGCUCGCGUCAACCUCCGCAACAGGGACGUCACACGCGUCAUCACUCAGGGACCUGCGAGACAGGAAGUUGUACGGAGGAUCUGCUACGGAGACACCCACGGCCAGGCCUGCUACCAUUACAAGUCCGUCAUCGAUCGCGACAAUAAGCUCAGCAAGCUCACGUGCCCGGGCGAAAAGAUUGGGAAGGCGUUGCGUCCGGUCGUCGCCUCCUACAACACGCAGCACAACACAGACUGGAGCAGCGGUUGGCAACAGCAGGACGAUCUUGUUUGCCAACGCGACGAGUACCCUCCCGCCGACAUCUGGCGCAGCCGCGACGACAAGGCGGUGUGGAUCCGACUGCUGCCCCAAGGCAACAACGGAGGCGCGGGACAGCUGUUCGGCGGGUGCCCGGAAAACCAGGCCACGGAGCUCAUCCACGAGGGCUAUCACACCACGGAGAACGUCGGGUGCCGCGUCGUCACCAUCACCACGCGCCGCGUCCGGGCCGUGGAGAAGGUCAUUGAGCUCAAGUUUGACCGCAUGGACAAAAUGCCGGCCGACUACGGCAUCGAGGAGAACCCGUGCUGGCCCAAGACACUCAACAACAACGACCCUGGCUUCGCGCUGCUCAACAACGACGACUGGUACAAGGGCGCGGGCCGCGCGCAGCAGCGCGGGUACCGGCAGUACUACUCCAAGGAGCCGACGGACAUGUUCACCGUGGACGCGAACGGGGUGGCGAAGGUGAGCAUCUACAAACGCGGCGAGGGCAACACCACGCGCCAGCCGACGGAGGAGGAGCUGCUGGAGGACUUUGGGCUGGUCCGGUGCAGGGACGGGUCCUGCGAGAAGGAGAUGCACGACCUUGGGUACGCGUCUCUGCCGGUGUCGGGCAUGAAGCCGACGUCGCCGCCGGAGACGGAGGCGUCGACGACGAUGGCGGUGGCCCUGCCGACGUCCCUGUCCGGGGUGCUGGCGACGGCGGCCGACGUUGCGAAGGCGGCUGCUGCGGUCAUCACCGCAGCCCCGGAAGCAGUAGAGGGAGUAGGAGCGAAGUAA